GCGGGACUACAACUCCCGGCGGGCCGCGCUGCGCGCCCCGCCCCGCUCCGUGCCGCAGCGGCGGGCGGGCCCCGCUCCCGCUCCCGGCCCCGCUCCCGGUGCAGGUGGCCGGGCCGCAGCGGACGCCCCGGAGCCCGGCCACGAUGCUGCGUCUGGCUGCUUUUGCAGCGCUGCUGCUGUUCUUCAGGGUCAGUCUGGAACUGUCCUGGAUCCAGGCCAUACCUGCUCUCUUCAUCUUCUACCUGGGAUCCGGCGGAUGGGACUUCUUCCUCAUAUUCAUCAAGACAAUACGAAGGGAUGUCACCACGGGGCUGGUCCUGUUGCGGGUGAAAUGGCAGGUAUGGAGGCAUGUGAGGGAGAAGAACACAAUCGCCAAGAUCUUCCAGAAGACUGUGAACAAGUAUCCAGAGAAGACAGCGCUGAUCUUCCAAGGCACAGGCGAGAGCUGGACCUUCCGGCAGCUGGAUGAGUACUCCAACCAGGUGGCCAAUUUUUUCCAUGGCCAAGGCUUCCGCUCUGGUGAUGUGGUGGCUCUUUUCAUGGAGUCACGCAAUCAGUAUGUGGGGCUGUGGCUUGGCUUGGCCAAGAUUGGGGUGGAGACCGCCCUCGUGAAUUCCCACCUGCGCAUGGAGGCCUUGCUGCACUGCAUCACAAUCUCCAACUCCAAGGCUGUGGUUUUUGGUGUGGAGAUGAUGGAAGCAAUUCAGGAAGUGCAGCCCUCCCUGCAGAAAUCUAUCCAUCUCUUCUGGUCCGGGGAAGGAAGCCCCGAGUCCACGCUUCCUGGUGCGAAACACCUGGACCCCCUCCUGCAGAUGGCCCAGCGGCACCAGCCACCACCCCCUGAUAAGGGCUUUCUUGAUAAACUCUUCUACAUCUACACCUCUGGCACAACGGGGCUGCCCAAGGCUGCCAUUGUGGUGAACUGCCGGUACUUCCGCAUGUGCAGCUUAGUUUUUUACGGUUUUCGCAUGAGACCUGACGAUGUGGUGUACGACUGCCUCCCGCUCUACCAUGCUGCAGGGAACAUCGUCGGGGUUGGGCAGUGCCUGCUGCAGGGCAUGACAGUUGUCAUCCGCAAGAAGUUCUCGGCCUCGCACUUUUGGGAGGACUGCGUGAAAUACAACUGCACGAUUGUACAGUACAUUGGCGAGAUCUGCCGCUACCUGCUGAACCAGCCGUACCAGGAGGUGGAGCGGCAGCACCGGGUGCGCAUGGCGCUGGGCAACGGGCUGCGUGCCUCCAUCUGGCGGGAGUUCAUGGCCCGCUUCGGCAUCGCCCAGGUGGCUGAGUUCUACGGGGCCACUGAAUGCAACUGCAGCCUGGGAAACUUUGAUAACAAUGUUGGGUCAUGUGGCUUCAACAGCAGGAUCCUACCAGGUGUGUACCCCAUCGGCUUGGUGAGGGUGGAUGAAGACACCAUGGAGCUGAUCCGGGGGCCAGAUGGUGUCUGUAUCUGCUGCAAACCAGGGGAGCCAGGGCAACUGGUGGGCCGCAUUGUCAAGAGCAACCCCAUGCAGCACUUUGACGGCUACCUGAAUCAGUCAGCCACCAACAAGAAAAUCGCCAGGGACGUGUUUACAAAAGGGGACGCUGCCUAUCUCACAGGGGAUGUCCUGGUGAUGGACAAAUAUGGCUACAUGUACUUCCGGGACCGCACGGGGGACACAUUCCGCUGGAAGGGGGAGAAUGUCUCUACCACAGAGGUGGAAGGGACACUGAGCCGCAUCCUCAACCUGGCGGACGUGGUGGUUUAUGGGGUGGAGAUCCCAGGGAUUGAAGGGAAGGCAGGAAUGGCAGCCAUCGCUGACCCGGAGAACUCCUGUGACCUCGAAGGCUUUGCUAGCGAGCUGAAAAAGGCCUUGCCACUGUACGCGCGUCCUGUCUUCCUGCGGUUCCUGCACGAAGUCUCCAAGACAAGCACUUACAAGUUCCAGAAGAUGGAGCUGCGGAAACAGGGUUUCGACCCUGCGCUGGUGAAGGACAGGUUGUACUUCCUGGACUCCAGGCAAGGCCGUUACCUGCCACUGGACCAGGCAGUGUUUGACAGGAUCCAAUCGGGACAGCAGAAGCUGUAACCGGUGGGGUUCAAGCAAGGCAUCUCCCCAAAUCAUGUUGGGGAGAGGGGGGCAAGGCAGGCACUAGGGAAGAAAAGGUUCAAGGAGUGAUAUAAAGGCACACUAGAGAUUUUAUUUGACGAGUUUUAUGGAUAAUGGUUUGGGGAGAACGCAGGGGGGACUGAGGGGAAGGGGAUGGUUACAUACCAAAGCAUAGACUCAUUAUGGCUUUAUUUUCUACUUGGUACAGCGGUGGUGGUCCUGUGCCAUGGGAGGGGCAGGGCCCUGGCCAGUUGAGGAGGGGUGGGGUGCCCCUGCCAUUCCACUUUGCUUUUCCUGUAUUUCCCUCCCUUUUCCUGCCUGCAGCAACCCUUCCUUGUGAAGGCCAUGAAGGGACCAGUGCUGGGCUCUUUCCCCACUCCUCCAAGCAGCCAGCUUCUCCUUGGCACAGGGGCCCCGCUGGCAGAGGGAAGCUGGGUGCCAGGCGCAACCACUGCCCCCUGCGCGGCCCCACUGGUGUUUCUGCUGUGAAUCAGGGGAGCAGGGUAGUGCCAGGCUCGGGAGAGGGACAGGGAUGUGUUUCUGCCUUGCUCUCUCCUGGGGAUGACAUUUCUAUUUUUCACAAUCACACGCACAUUAUAUUAUAUUAUAUAUAUAUAUUAUACACGCUGACUUUUUUUUUUUUUCCAAUCUUAAUUUAUUGUCUGUACUUUUGAAUGUGUCCCGGGUUUGUGCAGUAGGUGGAGGGAUAGCCCAGACCUGUCCUUUCCUGGAGAGCCCUUUUCUCUCGCAGGGAGACGGGACACUCAUCUGGGACUGAUUCUCCUCUUCCAGUGUGAGUGCAGCUGUGUAUGUCCUUGUGGCCUUGCUCCAUGGUGAAGGACAUGAGCAAACCCCACUAUCUUGUGGACGCUUCUCUGGGUCUCUUACUUCCACCUUUUGUGGAUGCAGCCUUGUUUUGUGCACCUUCCUUGCAGAAAGCAGGUGGGAGAGUGGGCCUGGUUUGCCUUUGCUUAGACGUACUCAGCACCACGGAGCAGCUCUCGGGGCUUUCCUGCUGUGAUGUCUGUGCCCUGAAUGCAGGAGGCAGCUUGCCUAGGGGAGAGGAAGUCUUCAGGAGGGUGGUCUCUGUGAGAGCCUGACUUCACACGCUCUGCAUCCCUUCCCGCAAGAGCCCUCCCUGUCUCCACCGCAGGAGACAGGCCCCGAACUGAAAUGUCCAUGUUAAACACCUGACUUGCGCUAUGUGAAUUCCCCACCUUGUGUCUGACGUGAAGCAGCCUUAGCAGCGAUGUCCGAUUCCAGUCCUUGGAGACCAUGCAGAAACGUCUGUUCCAGAGAAAACUCUCGGUUGGGGUUUCUUCUUAUUCUUUUUUUUUUUUUGAUGAUUUGUUUUCAUGCUUUUAGCAGGGUUACUCCUUAAAAUGACGUCUGUCUUUUGUGAGGGCAGGGUGUGUCUGCUCUUCUAGCUGUGCUUCCACACCAGCAUACCUGCCUGCCCCAGUCUGUCCUGUCCUCACGAUUAAAUGCGAGUAUGGGCUA